AUGAAGGCAGCAUUAUCCGUCGCAUCCCGACGCUUGCCCCGCGCGACUACUUCAUGCACUAGCAUCCUGACGCGUCGACAGUACGCAACUGAUGUAAACCUACUACACCCACCUAAGCCGUCUACGUUCGGCCAGCCUACUUUUCAAAGCCAUCCCCAUCUCAUACAACUUGGGGAGGUCACACCAGGGAUUCCUGAACACGAGUAUGAGAGGCGUAGAGGAGAGCUUAUGAGCCAAUUGCCGGAAGGCGCUGUGGCGAUUUCGUUCUCGGCGCCAGUGAAGUACAUGAGUGAUGCCAUCUUUUAUAAGUACAGGCAGGCGUCUGACUUCUGGUACCUGACCGGCUUUGAAGAGCCCGACUCUGCCGUCGUUCUGCGCAAGAAUGGUGGCCCACGCGGAUAUACCAUGACGUUGUACUCGACUGGCCGCAAGCCCUCUCAAGAGCAAUGGGACGGUGCAUUCACGUCGCAUCCUGACGCGGCGGUACUUUUCGGUGCAGACGAUGCACGCAGUCUCGAUGACCUACCCGGUGAUCUACGCAAACAACUACCCCGUGCAACGGCCGUAUACGUCGACGGGCCGCCUGUGCAAAGGAAGAAACCUACGACUGGGCGAAGUUUGCUGAAGAUGUUGACCGGAGUGGGCGGAGGUAGAGCGGCAGAGGAUGUGCUGGAAGGGCUAAGUGGAACGAAGAGACAUGCUCUUGCACCGUUGGUUGGGAGGUUGAGAGCCGUGAAGAGCGAGUUCGAGCAGAGGGUCAUGCGGAGAGCUGCGGACAUUAGCGGUACUGCUCAUGCUAAGACUAUGCGAUUCGCAGAACCUGGACGCUCUGAACUGCAAUUGCAAGCCCACUUUGAGUACCUCUGCGCUCGCGAAGGCUCGCAACGACCAGCAUAUGUACCCGUCGUCGCAUCCGGAGCGAACGCACUCGUCAUCCACUAUACCAAAAACGACCACAUCCUCCGACCAAACGAACUAGUUCUAAUAGAUGCAGGCUGCGAAUACGGCGGCUACGCCUCCGACAUCUCCCGCACAUUCCCGGUUUCGGGCACAUUCACACCACCUCAGAAGGAGCUGUACUGCGCUGUUCUUGCUGCGCAGAAGCGUCUGGUAGAGCUCUGCGUUUCAUCGGGCGGUGAGAGUAUGAACGAUCUCCAUCGACAUAGCGUCGAUAUGUUGAGAGAUGAGCUAAGAGCGAUUGGCUUCGACUUUGGCGGGAGGAGAGGAGCGGGAGUGCUCGAGCGCGUCUUGUAUCCUCAUUACUUGACGCACCCUGUCGGUAUCGACCUACACGAAGCCGCCACUUACGACCGUUACGCACCGCUCAAACCUGGUAUGGUGAUCACCAUCGAACCAGGCGUAUACGUUCCCUACGACGAUGCCUUCCCGAAACACUUCCAAGGACUUGGGGUGCGUAUCGAGGACGAGGUGCUCGUGGGAGAGAAGUACGCCACGGUUCUUAGCGUCAACGCCCCGAAAGAGGUUGCGGAUGUCGAAGGCGCUUGUCAGGGUGCCCUCGGAUUUCAGGCGUUCUGA